GCCAGCUGAUAAAACAUGGCAUCUACCCAGAAGGCCACAGUCUUUCAGGUGUUGAAGACAAAUAAAAGUGGGUCCAAGGUAGCAGUUUCAUCACACAGAGGGGCUGAAGUUACUGCCUACACUCCUCAGCGGGGACAUGGGUAUAUUUCCUCAAGCCAGCGGGGUCCUCCUGUCUCCCUGAGUCCUUCUUCCCACAGAAGAUCUGAAGCUGCAUAUCUCAACACUCACUGUUCAAAUUCAGACUAUCCUCGAUCUCUGUCCCCACAGUCAGGGCCUGGCCUCUCUACCAUGUCCACUCCUAGGGGAACUGAGACCCGACCAAGAACAGAGGCAAGCCGCCAUCGCUCUCCUCAUCGAAAGAACCAGUCAGUCCAGACACAAACUUACCAUCUCUCAGGAGGGCAUCGGAAUGUCAGUCCACUGAGGGAAGAAUCAACACGAAGAUGUGAGAACAAGCCAGGCCGUGACCCUGGCUACCAUUCCUCUUUGGCUACUGAUGGCAAAUACCGUCACUUGAUUUUUAUUAGUGAAAAAGAGGAGGACCCACCUUCCAAAGUCCAGAACCCCCAGGGGGUUAGAGUACCCCGUAGAAUUUCCAUUCACCCAAAGGACGAAGCUAUACAAACAGAGCCCACCCGAAGGAUUGCCGAGGUCAAAUCUUCAAGAAAUGUCUCAGAGCAUGGCAAUCGUGUCACUAGUGACCAUCAGGCAAUCCUUAGAAAGACCCCUACCCAGGAACCAGAAAUUGGUCCUCCCAGCUCAAUUCUUUCAGAACCUAAGCAAAAAGCCAUGAAAGUGUCAUCAGGCCUCAAGCUUUCUGUUCUUAGAGAUUUAGAUGGGGCACCUCGAGUUCCUUUGCGUUCAGAUCGUUCAGUCUAUAUUGAGAACAAGCCCUCAUCAAAGGUUUUAAUAUCAGAAAUGGAGCCCACUGUGAGGUCUCCAAACAGAGACCGUGAGAGUGGGCGCAAGGUGACCAUCUCCCCAGGAAAACAGUCCGUACAACAGUCACCUCAUCGAGUGACAGUUCGAGCAGCACCUGAAGGACACUAUAGAUCUCCCCUGUAUUCAGAGCUCUCGCCGAAGCCCUCCACCCAUGCAGAACUGGAGUUGACCCCUCGACCUUUGCCCCCAAGGUCCUUACCUAGGUAUGGGCCUGGUUGCUCAUGGUGGGCCUUACUGAAUCCUAAAGUUGAAACACCCCCAAACCAGCCAUCAGUAUUUGAUUUUGAACCUACGUCCCCUCCUCCCCUAGACCCUUUAGAGUCAUUUUUUGAGAUGGACUCAAACCCUUUCUGUGAGGAUCUGGUGUUCCAGAGAGAAAAAGUAAGCCUACCAUGUUCACCAAAGGAGUCUCUGCAUCGAGUACCAUUGACAGAAGUGCCAAAGACCCUGAAGUACACCAACAAACAACCCAUUCAAGGGUUCAAUGCUUUCUUCCUGGAUGUUUCUGAGGAAAUGUACAACCGGAUCCUCUGGUGGCUGAAAGAUGAGGAGAUCAAGCAUUUCCUGGAGGACAGCAGUGAUGAUGCCGAACUCAGCAAGUUCGUGAAGGAUUUCCCAGGAGGCGAGCCCUGCCAUCCAUCGGAGGCCAAGACCAGGGUGCCCAGGCCCCAGAUCUCGGAGCCAAGGCCCCAGUCCCCAGAGCUCUGUGAUGAUGACCUGGAGUUUAGAGCCAGCUUGUGGCCCCAGCCCUCUGAGAGCCAGCAAUACUUCUGUGCCCCAGCCCCUCUCAGCCCUUCCUCCAGGCCCCGCAGUCCAUGGGGCAAGCUUGAUCCUUAUGAUUCCUCUGAGGAUGACAAGGAGUAUGUGGGCUUUGCAACUCUCCCCAAUCAAGUCCAUAGGAAGUCUGUGAAGAAAGGCUUUGACUUUACGCUCAUGGUGGCAGGGGAAUCUGGCCUGGGUAAAUCCACUCUUGUCAACAGCCUCUUCCUCACUGACCUGUACAGGGAUCGGAAACUCCUCGGUGCCGAAGAGCGGAUCAUGCAAACUGUGGAGAUUACUAAGCAUGCGGUGGAUAUAGAAGAGAAAGGAGUCAGGCUGCGGCUCACCAUUGUGGACACGCCAGGCUUUGGGGAUGCAGUCAACAACACAGAGUGCUGGAAGCCUGUGGCUGAAUACAUUGACCAGCAGUUUGAACAGUAUUUCCGAGAUGAGAGUGGCCUGAAUCGCAAGAACAUCCAAGACAACCGGGUGCACUGCUGCCUGUACUUCAUCUCACCCUUCGGCCACGGGCUCCGGCCACUGGAUGUUGAAUUCAUGAAGGCCCUACAUCAGCGGGUCAACAUUGUGCCUAUCUUGGCUAAGGCAGACACACUGACACCUCCUGAAGUGGACCGAAAGAAAUGCAAAAUCCGAGAGGAGAUUGAGCACUUUGGGAUCAAGAUUUAUCAGUUCCCAGACUGUGAUUCUGAUGAGGAUGAGGACUUCAAAUUACAGGACCAAGCCCUAAAGGAAAGCAUCCCAUUUGCGGUGAUUGGCAGCAACACUGUGGUAGAAGCCAGAGGGCGGAGAGUUCGGGGCCGGCUCUACCCUUGGGGCAUAGUGGAAGUGGAAAACCCAGGUCACUGCGACUUUGUCAAGUUGAGGACAAUGCUGGUGCGUACCCACAUGCAGGACCUGAAGGAUGUGACCCGAGAGACACAUUAUGAGAACUACAGGGCACAGUGCAUCCAGAGCAUGACCCGCCUAGUAGUAAAGGAACGGAAUCGCAACAAACUGACAAGAGAGAGUGGUACUGACUUCCCUAUCCCUGCUGUCCCACCAGGGACAGAUCCAGAAACUGAGAAGCUGAUCCGAGAGAAAGAUGAAGAGCUGCGGCGGAUGCAGGAGAUGCUACACAAAAUCCAAAGACAGAUGAAGGAGACUCAUUAGCAGGCUUUUGAACCUGAGUAUUUAAAACUCUUCUUCCUGCCCAUGCCAACCCUUCCCUGCUCCAGCUCUGCUCAGGCCCCUGCAGCUACUACCACUUCGCCUUAUAUCCCUGCGGACUUCUCAGAGACUCAGAGGAAAUAAACUUUAAUCUAUA